AUGACCUUCGGCCGUUUCGCCUCGGGUCAGAGCUGUGCUGGAGGUGCGCGAAUCAUCGACGACAAAAUUCUCGAGGUCAUUGGAGUGCACUGCGGAGCGAUCUCAUGGGUCGAGGAAUCAGAACAACGAGAAGGGCAUGGAACGUGGCAGUAUUGGAGACGCAUAUCGAACGAGCUGAUACGUUUUGACGAGAAAUUUGACGAGUCGAGCGAUGCCCAGCUUGAUGCUUUCGUCGCUACUCUAUGCGGAAACCGCGUUCGUGAGAUGUACCCAUCCCACAUCUAUUGGCCGACCGUAUCUCAGUGCAGAAGAACCUUGGAGUCAGCAGAUGGGGGAGGGUUGAGAAGAGCGGAAACUGGGUUCGACGCUUUUCAGAGUAGUGUACAAGACUUCACCCAUGGGCGACGCCUCUUCAAGAGCCAGGAUUACAUCGGAUUCGGCUCCCAAUCGAUAGCAAAAGCGGAAGGCGACAUCAUUGCAGUAUUGUUGGGCUUUGACGCACCGGUGGUCCUCCGCCCCAAGGCGAAUGGCCACCAUGCAAUUAUUGGAGAGGCUUAUGUACAUGGUCUAAUGAACGGCGAAGCAAUCCUUGGGCGACUUCCAUGUGGCUGGCGAGCACAAGCCUAUCGCAGCCAUCAAGGCAUCAUGUUUCAAAACUUCAAGAAAGACUCGGAUGACGCAGUUAAGGAUGACCCACGUCUGGGACCAUUAUCGGCGGAGUUUGAGUGGCGUGACCAGACUGCUCUUCCCGAAUUCGAUCCGCGAUUGUCUUCCAAGGCUCUGAAGUAUCGUGGUGUCGAUGUCCAGACCAUUCACCUCUGUUGA